GCAGCUCCCGGCCCGUCCUCCCCCCCCCACCUCCGAGCGGAGCGGAGCGGCGGGAGUCGGUCAGCGCCCGGAGGGAGGAGGCCCGAGCCCGGCACCGGUACAGCCGCCCGCGGGGCGGGGAGGAGGAGGAGGAGGAGAGGAGGCGGCGGUGGGCUCCUCCUCGGUCCCGCCGGCACCAUGAGCAUCGAGAUCCCGCCGGGCCUCACCGAGCUGCUGCAGGGUUACACGGUGGAGGUGCUGCGGCACCGGCCGGCCGACCUGGUGGCUUUCGCCGCCGACUACUUCACCCGGCUGCGGGAUGCCCGAGAGCAGGAGGCGAGCGGCGACGGCCGGAUGGUGGUCAGCUUCGACGGGGAGCCCAUGCAGACCGAGUCCAACGGCGACGAGGAGCCCGAGCGCGACGACGACGAUUCCGACUCCGACUUCGAGCCUCCGGUCAUUAACCGAUACAACAGAAGAGUAUCAGUUUGUGCUGAGGCUUUCAAUCCAGAUGAAGAGGAAGAAGACACGGAACAGAGGAUAGUUCAUCCAAAAACCGAUGAACAGCGAUGCAGACUGCAGGAGGCGUGCAAAGAUAUCCUGCUCUUCAAAAAUCUAGAUCAGGAGCAGCUUUCUCAAGUCCUUGAUGCCAUGUUUGAGAGGAAGGUGAAACCUCAUGAACAUGUGAUUGAUCAAGGGGAUGAUGGAGACAACUUCUACGUCAUUGAGCAGGGACUGUAUGAUAUUGUUGUAGCAAAAGACAACCAGGCGCGCUGUGUGGGCCGCUAUGAUAAUCGCGGCAGUUUUGGGGAACUGGCGUUGAUGUACAAUACUCCUAGAGCUGCCACCAUCGUUGCCACAACAGAAGGAGCCCUUUGGGGACUGGAUCGAGUGACAUUCAGAAGAAUUAUAUUGAAAAACAAUGCAAAGAAGAGGAAGACAUAUGAGUUAUUUAUUGAGUCUGUACCCCUUCUCAAGUCCUUGGAGGCAUCAGAGCGCAUGAAAAUUGUGGAUGUUAUAGGAGAGAAAGUGUAUCGGGAUGGGGAACGUAUCAUUUCUCAGGGCGAUAAAGCAGAUUGCUUUUAUAUUGUAGAAUCUGGUGAAGUAAAAAUCAUGAUUAAAAGCAAGACUAUGAUGAGUAAGGAAGCUAACCAAGAAGUAGAGAUUGCCCGGUGUCACAGAGGACAGUAUUUUGGAGAGCUUGCACUUGUUACCAACAAACCCAGGGCAGCCUCUGCCUAUGCUGUUGGAGAGGUCAAAUGUUUAGUCAUGGAUGUGCAAGCGUUUGAGAGGUUGCUUGGACCCUGCAUGGACAUUAUGAAGAGGAAUAUAACACAUUAUGAGGAGCAGCUGGUGGCAAUGUUUGGCUCUAGCAUGGACCUGAUGGAUCCAGGGAAUUAGGCACAGGGUACCUCAGUGCCUUCUUAGAUCUAGACACAGAAAAGCCUCCUAUCAGCAACACAACUCACAAGGAAAAUGGACACUACGGAACAGUUAAUGCUGCUGUCUUCUUGGGCAUUUUAGAAACCAUAAGCAAGUCUCGGCACAGAUGGAUUGCUCACUCCCUGCCUCCACUUUGCUGCUGAUACUUCAUUAUUAGACCUAGAUUAAAGAUGGUUCUAACCUUGAGUUCACUUACUUGGUUCAGAAUGGCAUCUGUCCAGCAGUUCAAGUGCCUGAUGCAACACCCAAAGUGUGCAAGAUACAGAAGCCUCCUUCCUUCUGGUGUUCCUGUUGGGAUAAAUUUUCAGAUCAGAUUUUAUGGCAGGAAGUUGCCUGUUUCUCAGAGGCAACCUAUGGAAUACAAGCCUUUGAUAGGUUUAUUAUCUUCUAACACUUCAUUUACCCAAAUUGGCUUUUAAUCGUAACAGCUGGAUUUGACAAUAAAAAAAUCAAUGGAGACAGCUAGUAAGGUGGCACUGAAGAUUUCUUCCACCUGCUGAAAACUGCAGGUACUACAUUAAACAAGUAAACUGAGCUGAGGACACAGGUGAGAGUCUGAUUAGCAACAAAAUGUAGAAAAUGAAGCAUAGUGUUUUCUGAGCUGCGAAGAAAAUUACUUUAUGCUUCCCAAAAAAGUGCAGUGGUUCAGAUCAUAGGGCUUGAAGGUGUCAUAACUGUCUUUUACCCAGAUUUGCUCCAUGUUUCUGACAGUAUGUGUGUGUGUAUAUACAUAUAUACACAUGCAUAUAGUGUCAAAGUCGCAAUAGAUGACCUUCUUUCAUUUACAGAGAUCCUUUAUACUGCAAAUUUGCCAGGUUGCUGUUGUCCGACUCAAUUUUAAAGCUUUUUAAGAAUGAACAUUUUGUAAUUUAAAGGAAGAUGACUUCUGUAUUUAUCUACAGGAGCUCCCUCUGUCCAGUGUCACAGUAUUGUAACUUAAUUGGACACCUGAAUGCUUUCAAAUGCCACAGAUUUCAUAAAUCUUUCAAAAGUUGUCAGCAUUUCUCUUUGCAAAGCAAAGGUCUUUGCUAUUAGCCAAUUGUGUAUUUGAGGAAUCUUUUGGUUUAGGUGAUAACUAAGCUAAUUAUGUUUAUCUAAAAUACCUGUUAAAUUUGCAGCAUUUACUAGGUAGUGUUUCCACAGCUUUAAUGAACUUAAUUGGCAUACUGCUGAGAUUUUAUCAGAGCACUAUAUAAGUAAGAAUCAGAUGAUAAGAAGGACAUUUUUAUGGUGUGCAAAAGAAUAUUUAUAUAGAAUCACAGAAUGGCUGGGGUUGGAAGGGACCUCAAGGAUCAUGAAGCUCAAACAUCCCUGCUGCAGGCAGGGCCACCAACCUCCAUAUUUAACAUUAGACCAGGCUGCCCAGGGCCCCAUCCAACCUGACCCUGAACAUCUCCAGGGACGGGGCAUCCACAGCCUCUUGUGCAGCACCUCACCGCUCUCAAAGUAAAGGACUUCCCCCUGAUAGCCAACCUAAAUCUUCCCUCCUUCAACUUAAAACCGUUUUCCCUUGUCCUGCCAUUAUUUACCCUCUCAUAGAGUUGACUCCCCCCCUGUUUGUAGGCUCCCUUCAGGUACUGAAAGGCUGCAAUGAGGUCACCCCGCAGCCUUCUCUUCUCCAGGCUGAACAAGUCCAGCUCCUUCAGUCAGUCUUUGUAGUGGAUGUGCUCCAGCCCCCUGUUCAUCUCUGUGGCCCUCCUCUGGCCCCUCUCUAGCAGCUCCUUGUCUUUCUUCUAUUGGGGGCCCCAGACCUGGAUAUGGUACUCCAGAUGGGGCCUCCUGAGGUAGAUUGGGACAACCACCUCCCUGUCCCUGCAGGCCACUUCUGAUGGAACCCAAAUAUGAAAUUUGUAGGUAGUAAAUCUGUGACUGAAUUCUUCAGAUAAAAACUUACUGGCGUUUUAUGUGGAUUAUGAUAUUUUAAUAGUGGAUGCUGGUGUAACAAUGUGCUGGCUUGAUUCACAGCCAUCUGAGCAAGAAUAGAAGGAUGCUAAUAUUGAAUUCCUGCUUCUAGUUGUUACAGUGGUGGAUGUUUCUUUAAGGCACAGAAAACUCUGCUGCAACUCUCAGUUGAUUUCUGGGUGAUUUUCUUUUUCCUAAAUAGAUGAGGUCCUCCCAGUUCCUGCAGUAUAAGUAAGAUGGAAAGUUGAUAAGUUUGACUAUUGUCCAGUUAUGGUAAUUGGAGUAAUAUAUAUAUAUAAUAUUUAAGUGCAAAUGAUAUGUAAUGGGCACCACUGAAUGAGGUGUUUCCAUAGUAUUAAAGUCCCUGGUUGUAAUGUGCAGCAGCUGUUCUAACUGUAUGUCUUUUAGAGCAGAGAAUUUCCUUUGCUUUCCUGGUCUAGUUUUGAUUUUGAUAUAAAUUACAGCCAAAGCAGCAGCAGGUACUUCAUUCAUGCUUUCAUGCUUCUGAGGUUUAACACCAAAGACGAUAACCUUCUUUUAACUCUGAAUUAUUAUUAUUUUUAAAGAAGAAACAAAAGAAUGAAAACAAUCCACUCAUCAGCUCCUUUCCUUAAUAUUUUCAAGCUCAAGAUGUUUUGGGUUCCAAGACAGAAGCCAACUUUGUCCUGUAACCCAAACAUAAACUGGUCUGCAAUCCAGUGCUGCCUGAGCUGUCAUGUGAACUCACGAGAAACUUGCUGUGAAUUGUCAUCAGCUGGGCCUUUUUUUUGCUCCCAGGCAGAAUAUCCUCUAUUCAGAGGGGCCUGGAAGGUUGAGCUGUCUCACAGAUAGGUUAUAUUUUCUACAGCCCUCGGUUCUCUGCAGGACAAGAUUUUAUUCCUCAACAUAUGCAAACGUCGGCAGUUGUUUUGAAACAUAACAAAAUGCCCAGACCGAUGUUAGAUUUGUUAGUUCUGCCUGGAAGGGAGGAUUUCAUGGCUUCUAGAAGUCAAAGGAGAGGAUGAGAACAAAAAACCAGAAGAUUGGGGUCCAAGAAAAGGAAUUUGAAGUUCUACCUUUCUCCAGACCCCCUGAAGCAAAAACCUAUUGAGCAAUGCCAUCCUGCACCCAGGAUCUGUGACCUCUUCCUGUAGUGUAAAGAAGCAACCUGACUCAAGUCCUUGAGCUGAAGGAGAGUGAGUCUGUAAGAAGGCUCCUCCGCGUAUCGUGUUGUAGUUAGCAAUGUGCACCAUUAGUUUGGUUUAACCAUCAUGGUCUGUGCGAUCUUGGAGUUUGAAGGUAGUGUCCAGAGUUUGGGGUGAGAUGCUGGACGUUGCCAGGUACCUGGUUUAGCUGGACAGCACUGGUAGUGAGCAGAGUCAGGAGACAUGCAAGCAAUGACAGUGUGACUGGGGAGCGAAGCAAAGUGCCUGGCUGUAAAGAUCUGCCUGCACUGUCACAUCUCAGCUUAUUGCUUUUCACUAUCACUGCUCCUCAGAAAGAGGAGAAUGUGCUCAGUUGUUUUUGUUGUUGUUACAGCUCAGUGAACAGAAAAUCUGCUGUGGGCUCCCUGAAAUUCACAGUGGAGAGAGGUCUGGUUUUUAAUCAAAGAACUCAGCAGCAAAGUGGGUAGAAAGGAUGGUGUCCUUGAGACUUGGAGGGACAAAGAGUUUCCAGUUCCCUGCUUGUGAUUGUUGUGAAGGCAGUGAGAGGAGCUUUCAGUGGUCGAAUAUCCUGGCAUAUGGUAUUUCUGUUUGAUGUCACAGCACAGGUUUCACAAUGAUUAAUUAAGGAUGGGGGGCAAAAACGCUCUCUUCUAAAAAAGACAAACAAAACAAUGUGCAGUUUUGCACAGAGGGCAAAAAAAAAAAGAAAUCCCUUUGAAUGUCACUUCCAGUCUUUCUUUUCCAUUGGCUGAAAUGGACUCUCGUUCUUGAUGUGUAUUUGUAAACCGGUCUUGCCAAAAUACAAACACUUUGUGUUUCUUUUCACUCCAGAUAAUUUCUGUUGUUACAGUUAUUGCUGAUCAUUUCACUUCCUUCCAACCAGAGGUUUUCUUUCAAGAUGCCUUCCUUGUGGAUUUUCUCCUGAUGUCUGCAGCACUAUCCUGCUGUUCCAAGGUGGAAGAGAAAGUCACUAACCUCAUCAGAGAACACUCGACUCCGCUAAGCUGGCUGGAGCUAAUAAUGCGUUACUAAUUUUCCUCCGCUUUGUGGGGCAGGAGGGGAAUUAAAUUCUGCAUAAAGUUGCUACCUCAAGGCUCCAAGUGCUUUGAAAGUCUUUCACUUGGGAGAAUUUCAUAAGACAGUUCUUACAAUUGGUCUGUUCUUUUGAGUUCAAGAUGUUUUUAAUCGAUUCGAGGGACCCUUAUUCAUUUUACACUUAGUAUUUGAUUCUCAAAGGGUGAACAGCUGCAACGUUUGAUUCUUGCAGUACAGUGUUAACGUGGGAAAAAAAAAGAAGUUUCUGCCAUAUAAACGUAUGGUUUUAAAAAGUUAAACCACUCUGGGGUUCGGCUUCACUUUUGGUUAAUAAACUGACAUGUUGUGUCCAGCCUUCCUGGUA